AUGCGAAAUAGUCGAGUUAAAAAUCUACAUAGACACUACACACCAUUAGGAUAUCCGCCACAGGCGAAUAAUAAUGUUUUAGUUAUGACAGAUGAGGAAAGAAGAAUAUUAAAUUUUGGGCCAAAAUUUGUACCAUCAAAUCCAAAACAAGCAUUACAUAGAUUGAGUAAAGAGAUUAGUACUCUGAAAGAUAAGGUAGGAGAAGCAUGGAGACGAGAAACUCGUACAAUAGGUAAGUAUUUUGAUAAAUUAAAACUAAAUCCACAAGAUGCCGAGUUACCACAUCUUUAUUAUAAUCCAAAAGAUCAUAAGUUAGGAGAACCACUCCGACGAGUUCAUGCCGGAAAUGAAUUACAAAAUAAUUCAAAUUUUCAAUAA